UCUCUUCUAUUCUCACAUUCACGCCGCCCUUCUCUCUCUACUAUCCCCCUAAACUACCCAGCCUCCUUUCUCUCUCUUCAUUUUUCACCUCUUCCACUGUUCUCAGCAAUGAACUCAGUAGCAUGCACAGAGCUAUCGCGUUAUCUCGCAGUACCAUCACCUAAACCUAACUCCACCAACUCCAACGCCUCCUCCAUAAUCAGCCACGGUUUACGCUGUCCAACCAGUGGUUUCAGCGGCGGCGUGUUAUCAAUGUCGACGUCGAAGAGGAACCAGAACACGGUGGUUGCUGGAGCUGGAGGUCAAGGUCUUACCUACAGAGACGCCGGCGUUGAUAUCGACGCAGGCUCCGAGCUCGUUCGAAGGAUAGCCAAGAUGGCGCCUGGGAUUGGAGGCUUUGGCGGUUUAUUCCCUCUUGGUGAUUCUUAUCUUGUUGGCGGUACUGACGGUGUUGGAACGAAAUUGAUGCUUGCCUUUGAAACUGGCAUUCAUCACACUAUUGGGAUUGAUCUGGUUGCGAUGAGUGUCAAUGACAUUGUUACUUCCGGGGCAAAGCCGUUGUUUUUCCUUGAUUACUUUGCCACUGGCCGCCUUGAUGUGGAUGUUGCUGAGAAGGUUAUCAAAGGCAUUGUUGAUGGUUGUAAGCAAUCUGAUUGCGUUCUUUUAGGAGGAGAGACUGCAGAGAUGCCUGGUCUCUAUAAAGAAGGUGAGUAUGAUCUAAGUGGCAGUGCUGUUGGCAUUGUGAAGAAAGAUUCUGUAAUCAAUGGGAAGAACAUUGUUGCUGGUGACAUCCUUAUUGGUCUUCCAUCAAGUGGAGUUCACUCUAAUGGUUUCUCACUUGUAAGAAGUGUACUAGCUCAAAGUGGUCUUUCAUUGAAAGAUAAACUUCCUGGUGUUGAUAUUACAAUCGCUGAAGCUUUGAUGUCCCCAACUGUUAUUUAUGUUAAACAGGUGCUUGACUUAGUUAGCAAAGGAGGGGUGAAGGGAAUGGCCCACAUCACAGGUGGUGGUUUCACAGAUAACAUACCUCGAGUUUUUCCAGAAGGCCUUGGUGCUCUUAUAUACAAGGACUCGUGGGAAGUGCCUCCAGUGUUCAAGUGGCUUCAGGAGGCUGGGAAGAUAGAAGACUCUGAAAUGAGACGGACAUUUAACAUGGGCAUAGGGAUGGUCCUGGUAGUUAGUCCAGAGGCAGCAAAUAGAAUACUUGAGAACAGAGAUGAUACAGAAAAAGCCUAUCGCAUUGGCGAAGUUAUAAGCGGCAAGGGAGUGACCCAUGCUUAAUUCUGGUUUAUUCAAUCAUGCUGUGAUACUUUCUUAUACUUUGAUGGGAAGUUUUAUCUUGAGUUUUAGAUGGUUGGUUUGUUUGGAACAUAAUUGCUUUCCCUACAUGAAUGUUCUGAAGCUGGUAGCAACUUGGGAUGCGCUUAUAGCUGAAUUGCUGGAGAAAAUUUUGUGCUAUUGAUCUUACUUUUAGUGACAAUCCUUUUAUGGGUUUCAAUCCUAUUUAUAGGGACGUGAAAUUUGAUGUAAUCUUAAGGUGGAUCUUUCCUUCCCCCAUUUUAAUUGAUAUACUUUUACUAACAACUACAAAAAUGUUUGGUUGUUUCCACUGUUUCUUGUUUGGAAGAAUUUGUAACUUUCUUAGUUCCAUUUCAGUUAAUUAUAUUUUUCUCCUGAUGAGAACUAGAUAA